AUGGCACCUGUCGCUCAAGGCGACAUCGAAAUGGACAGUCAUACUUCGGACAUGGCCAGCCAGGACUCCCCGCUGCGCCGACAAUUCUCCGAACCUCUUCAUGGCCUUUCGGCCUCCACACAGGCAUCGCCAUACCCUUCUCCUGUACCGCAGAAGUCGACAUGUGACUGGUGCGGAGAGGAUUUUGAAUCGUCUCAUAAAGACGCCCUCAAGCAACAUAUUGCCACCGUACAUCCGCAAAUCGCUAAGCGCUCGUAUAACGAGGCUGUCAAUGGAACUCAUUCCUAUGAUACUGACGAGCAGCUUGACGCCGACGAUGAUGAAGAAGAGAACGCUGCUCUUGAUGAUCAAAUGGGGGAUGUAGAGGAAGCGGAAGCAGAAGAUGAGGAAGAGGACACGAUAGAGGCCACUGAGAAUGGCAUCGCGGAAGGUGGCGAAGCCACCGCGACGUAUGAAAACGAAAACGACCAGAAUGACAUCGAUGAAGAGGAUGCCGGUGUCGACGGUGACGCUGAAGGCCCCGAAGGAGAGUCCGACCUUGCACUAUCAAACCAGCUGCACGAAUUCUCCCGCGAACAAGAUUCCGUCACUCUAGAAAAGCGCCUGCACAAUCUUUGGAAUAUUCAUGAUAUCCGCAGAUUCUCUACAGACUACGAUGAGACGUAUGCCGGUCUGGAGAAAAACUGGGCGCAUGUCUUUGAUGAUGCUAAGCGCGCCAAACAACGCGACCCGUCCGAUUCUUUCACAAGACCGGAACCAUAUAGAAAGCCCAAGGUGGCUAAAGGGGAAUUUUUGGAAAUAACCCCUCUUGAGGAUCUCCUGGCUCAGCUUCGUGACGCCGAGAAACGCUCGCAGGAUGAGCUUUACGCCAUCACCGAAAACGUGGCCCAUGUCUUGAAAGCAUGGCAGGACGAGUAUCUGGCUAUUGAAAAGCUCCACAGGGUUGCAACUCGUCACAAUGUAAAGCAACCCAGCGGGCCGCGGAAGCUCGACCGGCGGGAAGUUUUCGAAGACAAGAAGGAGGCAAUGCUGUAUGGGUACAAACACGACCCCAAGGAAGAUAAGGUUGGCAACCAGAACCCGUUCGUUCAGGGCGGGUUCAAGCCAACGCCCGCACAGGCGAGAAAGAUCAUCGCCAAAUCGAGUUUGCAUUCUAGCGAGCCGAAUCCUGACGGCUGGCCGACUAUCUCCAAGUUCGGCGUGGAGCAUGUUCCGAAAUUCCAGAAUCCUCCGCGCGAGGAUUUCGUGGGAAAGGCAACUCGCAAGCGCAAGGCUGCCGAGCUGGAAGCCGCCAAAGCCAAUGAGACCGACGAUGCACUCGCCGAGUCUCCUGCUCUUGCAGACCCCGAGGCAGAAAAUGCAGGAAGGCGACGCACUCGCACCCGCCGUUCGGCCGCAGAGGCCGAGUUCCAAUCUCCGGUUCCAACACGUGGGUCUACUCGAGGCCGCGGAAGAGGCCGUGGACGGGGGGCAGCCCGCGCGGGCUCUCGUGCGGGAUCUGAGGCUCCUCAGUUCGAAGCGGCCGCCGGCCCAGCUCGUGCGUCGGCUCGAGUACCUGGUCGUGAAGGGGCGGUUCCAACGUCAGGGUUGCUGCAGGCACGCACCGCAACGUCCCAGCUCGCGCCGCUUGAACCGGCACCUAGCGGCGCGCAAGCACGCGCCUCCCCCGCCGCCAUCAUCAUCGCCGCGGAAGGACAUCCGGACAGUGCCUUGGACCCGGCGGAACAGGCUCGACGCGACAAGAUCGCCAACUCCAAGAAUCCGAAGCGCACGGAAGCUAUGCUGAACCACUGGGCUCGAUUCAAUCGAGAAGGGCGGACGCGCAAUCCCAAACGGUCGAAAGCCCAGAUUGAGGCUGAUCGGGCCGCCGAAGCGGCGAGAAAGGCAACCGAGCCCCCGAAGAUUGUGGGCAAGAAGAAGAGGUUGAGUAGCCCGACGUUCGGCGAUACUCCGAAUACCGACCUUGGUCUCGCUGCGGCACCCACGUUACCAGCACCCGCCUCGCUGGCGCCCGGACCCCCAGGGCCACACCCCCAACUGGCACCCAUGCCGGCUCCUCGCGGCUCAAUGGCCCCGUAUGCUCCUAUUGACCCCCGAGCUGUGGCGCCCUUUCCUCCUGGGCCUCCGGGCCCUCUUCAGCCCCCGCCUCCGCAGCCGUAUCACACACCUUAUCCGGAUUUCUACAACUUUUAUGGAGCUCCCGGCGCUGGUAUGCCUCAUGCAGGGCGUGCUCGGCCCAAUUGA